AUGGCGGCGGCGGCCGCCUUCCCGCGCGCCCUCUUCCCGGGCUACUUCCAGGCGGGGCCGCCCAGCCGCCGGCGCAGCGCCUCCCGGGCCAGCCCGCUGGUGGCCGGGUGGGGCUGCUACGGGCAGGUGCUGCCCGACCCCGCGGCGCCCGGGCAGGUGAGGGGGCGGGGCUAGGAUGGGUGGGGAAGAGGGGGGCCAGGUGAGGGGGCGGGGCCCAGGACAGAGGGGGCGGGGCUAGGAGAGGUGGGGAAGAGGGGGCCAGGUGGGGGCGGGGCCCAGGACAGAGGGGGCGGGGCUAGGAGAGGUGGGGAAGAGGGGGUCAGUUGGGGGGGCGGGGCCCAGGACAGAGGGGGCGGGGCUAGGAGAGGUGGGGAAGAGGGGGGCCAGGUGGGGGGCCAGGGCCCAGGACAGAGGGGGCGGGGCUAGGAGAGGUGGGGAAGAGGGGGGCCAGGUGGGGGGCCAGGGCCCAGGACAGAGGGGGCGGGGCUAGGAUAGGUGGGGAAGAGGGGGGCCAGGUGGGGGGCCAGGGCCCAGGACAGAGGGGGCGGGGCUAGGAGAGGUGGGGAAGAGGGGGCCAGGUGGGGGGCGGGGCCGAGGACAGAGGGGGCGGGGCUAGGAUAGGUGGGGAAGAGGGGGGCCAGGUGGGGGGCCAGGGCCCAGGACAGAGGGGGCGGGGCUAGGAGAGGUGGGGAAGAGGGGGGCCAGGUGAGGGGGCGGGGCCCAGGACAGAGGGGGCGGGGCUAGGAGAGGUGGGGAAGAGGGGGCCAGGUGAGGGGGCGGGGCCCAGGACAGAGGGGGCGGGGCUAGGAUGGGGGAAGAGGGGGCCAGGUGAGGGGGCGGGGCCCAGGACAGAGGGGGCAGGGCUAGGAUGGGGGGAAGAGGGGGCCAGGUGAGGGGGCGGGGCCCAGGACAGAGGCUGCCUGGCUGCCGUCAGGGGUGGGCAGCGGGGACCCCCCUCUCGCCGCCAACCCCCCCCUAUUUGCCCCACAGGACCCGCCCCGCUUCGUCCCCCGCCGCCUCCCGAAGGGCAUCGGGGAGAGAUGGACGCCCAGCGAAGCCGCCCCGCUGCCCCUGAUGCUGCCCAGUGCUGGUGAGCGUGCCCUCGAGCAGGAGAACCCGCGACCCCAGCAGGGCUGCUGCCAGGGGUGCCAACCUGAAUCAUAUAAGGGGGGUGGGCAGGUGAAUAGAUCACAUGACACGGUGCACGCGCAUCAUUUGAAUGGCAACGCCCAUCAGCUUGGGUGGGCAUGUUUUAUUGGGGGUGGGCAAAACCCCCUGGCCCCUCAGAGUUGGCGCCAAUAGAUGCCGCUGAUCCAAAUGUCAGAAUAGCCCCAUCUGGUCCAGCAUCCUGUCCGCACAGCGGGCAAUGCCCCAAAGAACUGAGACAGACUGCCUCUAGGCCUGGAGGCUCCCAAAGAGCUGCUGGAUCAGGCCAAAGCGGCCGUCCUGUUCUGGGACCCUGUUCUCCCAGAGGCCAAGCUGAUGCCAGGGGAAACCAGGGGGCAGAACACAGGCACAACUCUCCCCUCCGGUGGGUUUCCAGCAACUUGUACUGGGAAGCUUUGCUGCCUCUCUGGAGGGAGAGCGGAGCCACUGGGGCCGCCAAGAGCCUCUCCUCCUCCUGGAAUUGAUCCAGUCCUCUUCUCAAGCCCUCCAGGUUGUGGUCAUCUCUGCCUCCGGUGGGAGGGAGUUCCACAGUUUAGCCAGGCUCCUGUGAACUGGCCUUUUGCUUUCUGGGGUGUCAGGCGGAAGCCUCUGCCUGGAGACAUUGGGGACCAAAGGCAGGGCUCUCAGCCUGUGCCCAAGAGGUGCCCGCUGUGCCGGUGGCAGACGGACUCUCCUUCUCUCCCAGGUUCCAGGGUGCCCCCCGUGACUCCCCACGACAUCCUCUUGCAGGGACUGAUGCUGCGCUCCUCGGAAGCCACCAACUCUGGCGCCCAGGCUGCCCUGGGCUUCCCAGAUCAGGUAGUCAAGAGGGGGCCACUGGAGGGGGGUGCUGGAGGGCAUCUGUGGGGGAUGAGACCCCGGGCAAAGGCCCAGCCUGUCCCCUCUCUGCUCCUGCAGCUGGGCGCCUUCUUUGUGGACUAUCCGGACGUGGCCUUUGGCACCAUGGGGCAGCUCCUCCAGGACAACUUCCACCUGGGAGAUGUGCCAGUCCAGGUGAGUGACCCUCCCUUGUCGCUGCCCAGAGAGUUGGGUCCUGCCCCUCUGGUGUGGGGCAGAGCAAAGGGAUGCUGGUGGAGGGAGGAGCCUCCUUCAGGCCAGGAGUUUGUUUGUUUGUUUGUUUGUUUCAUUGAUAGCCCACCUUUCAAUACAUGGUAAUCCCCACAGAACUCUAGCCCAAUGGUUGCCAUUAAUUUGAUUUGAACUGAUUUUAGAAUGAAUUGAUUUUAGAUGCUGUAUUAUUUUACUGUUGUUAGCCAUUCUGAGCCCGGCUUCGGCUGGGGAGGGCGGGAUAUAAAUAAAAUAUUAUUAUCAUCAUCAUCAUCAUCAUCAUCAUCAUUAUUAUUGAUUUCCCCCUCCUCUUUUAAUCCCCCCAAUAAUAACCCAGUGAGCUGGGUUGUCCUGGGCCAAGAGGCGCUGACUGGCCUAAGGUUCCUUAGCUUCAUGUCCAAAUGGGGGAUUCGAACCCUGGUCUCUCAGUCUGACACUCUAACCACUAGACUGCAGUGCCAUCGUGACUUGAGGCAUGCUUGGUUUCCCCGUUCUCUUCCGUUCCCUCCUGGCUGCCCCUCUCUUCUCCUCCGUCGGGGGGGGGGGGGAGAGACUCUUUCUUGGGGCUUCGUCUGACCCUCUUGGCUGCUUCCAUCCCCUGCAGAGGAAAAAGCGGCGCAAUGUCUGCCGGGUGAGCCGCCUGCUGAAGCACAUCGAUGCCCCUGAUGCCGUGAGGUGAGUGACUCGCCUUGGUCAGGGUGGGGCGCAAAAGCGGGGCAGGCGGGUCUUGGGGCUGGCGCUCUGGGUUAAACCACAGAGCCUAGGGCUUGCCGAUCAGAAGGUCGCAAUUCGAAUCCCUGCGACGAGGUGAGCUCCCAUUGCUCAGUCCCUGCUCCUGCCAACCUAGCAGUUCGAAAGCACGUCAAAGUGCAAGUAGAUAAAUAGGUACCACUCCGGCGGGAAGGUAAACAGCAUUUCCAUUCACUGCUCUGGUUCCAAGCGGCUUAGUCAUGUUGGCCACAUGACCUGGAAGCUGUACGCUGGCUCCCUCGGCCAGUAAAGCAAGAUGAGCGCCGCAACCCCAGAGUCAUCCAUGACUGGACCCAAUGAUCAGGGGUCCCUUUACCUUUUUAGAUCAAGACCACCCCCAGAAACAUCAUACAUGCAUCACAGAAAAGGCGGUCUAAAACAGAAAUUUGAGUCUUGUUUUUCUCCUGUCCUUGUUUAUCUCCUGUCUGGCAGGUUACUUGAUUGGAUUGCCUGGGGAGCCUGGCCAGUCUUUUGUAAUGAUAAAUACUUAGUUCCUGAGCCAGGUCACAGGCUCACCCUAUUCAAACACAGACAUACCCUAAAGACAGGAUUUGUGAAGGAAAAGACAAUGGGGAGGCUUUUCCAUUUUCCUUUGACCUUGCAGAGAAAGCAUUGGGACAGUUGGGAAUAAAAAAUGGUUCCAGGUCAGUCUUCCUGUGCUGACCUGUGUACGUGCUCGGUUGGCACACUUAUGAACAUUUAACAUAUAUCUAAGACCUCAAAAUUCCUAUCCCACCCCACAGCUGCAGCUUCUUUGGGGGCAAGAGCAUCAUGCGCCUGUGCCGGGACUGGCUCUUUGAGCUGCCCCUGGAGCUGAUGGCCGACUGGCUGCACGAGGACCUGGCGGAGCAGUGGAGGCGCCUUUCCUUCGAUGAGACCCCAACCGGGGGGGCCUUGGCCUGGCUGCCCAGAGAGGGCAGUGGGGGGCCGUCGUCCAGGGGCUGCCUGGUGUACCCCUCUGGGGAGGCCAUGAACCAGCUCUGUAUCCUUUUCCGUGGGCAAGAGGCACUUGGUUGCAGCCAGGUGGCGAGGGAGAGCUCUGGGGCUCUGACCUUUCUUAUAAUAAUAAAUAAUAAUAAACUUUUAUUUAUACCCCGCCCUUCCCAGUUCAAAAACCGGGCUAAGGGCGGCUAACAACAAAUUUAAAACACUUAAUUAUAAAAGCAGCAUAAAAUAUGGUAUAAAGACAUGAAUGACAAUAACAUUCAAAAAUCAAUUAGAUAAUCCCCAGGGCUAGCUGGCUGAAUUGGUCCUACUUGGGACAGCGUGGUGGCCAGGGGAGAAUCAGCUGUGGGGUCUCAGAGUGAGAGAUCUUCAUAAAAGGGGAGAAGGAGGGAAGAGAAGGGAAAUAAAAGAUCAGGCUGAAUUCAAAUUAAAGGCCAGGCAGAAUAGCUCUGUCUUACAGGCCCUGCGGAAGGAAGUUAAAUCCUGCAAGGCCCUAGUCUCCUGGGACAGAGCAUUCCACCAGGUUGGAGCCAUCACUGAGAAGACCCUGGUGGAGGAUAGUCUGACUUCCUUAGGGCCCGGGACCUCUAAACUAUGGUUAUUCAUGGGAUGUGAGGGCGAUCUGGCUGCGACAUCUGUCACCCCAUUGAUUGCCAGGGUUGAUUCGGCUGAUCUGGCUGGCUGGGCGGGUGUCCCCUUCCUCCCUCACCGCUCCAUGUGCGUCCCUCCCAAAGCUGCGCGCUCGGUGGAAGAGGACGACCAUCCCAGAUAGAAGGAGUGUACCGUUCUUCGGUCGGGGGUAUGCGAUAGCUGCGCUCCCCUGCUAGAACCUCCAAACAAGCUCAAGGUCCAUUUGUAGGAGAACGUAGGGUAGUCAAGCUUCCAAGACUCCAGACACAUCCAAGUAAGGCGCUGCAUGUGGCAGUUUGCCAUUCUUAAAAAAUAAUAAUAAAAAAAAAAUAAACUAUGGUUAUUCAUGGACCUUAAGUUCCUCUGCGGGGCAGACCAGGAGAGGCGAUCCUGUAAAAACAAGGGCCCUAAGCCACAGAGAGCUUUAAAGGACCAGCACCUUGAACAUGACCCUAUACUCUUCCGUGAAUCUCGCAUGUGGGUUUUCUGGGUGGUCUCUCCCCGCCCCACCUGUCUGCCAUGUCCCUCCCCCUGCCAGACCUCUCCUUCCUCUCCCUCGAGACCCCCCACCCCCGUACCCCUUCCUUAGCUGCUCCUUCAUCAGGCUUCCAAGACGUGGCUCUGAAGCCCACCGCCAGCGGCUCCCUGAGGCCUCGAACCCGCGGCCGCCCUGCCCAGUUUGAGCUCAAUGGCCGGGUCCAGCAAGUGGCAGCCGCCCAGGUGGACGGCAUUGGUGAGUGAGGCGUCUGCCGGAAAUCGCUGCCCUUUCUCCCCCAGUAUUAUUCGGAGGGUGCUAAGCCUGGUCUCUCUGCUCUGCCUCCCCCAUGCACAGACUUUGUUGGGGUGCGCUCAGAUUACCACUGCGGCGCAUGGAAGAUGAAGCCGGGAGGAGCCCCCGCCCUGCUCCAGGUGGCUGGCACAGAGACCCCCUGCUCCUCCAUCGCAGUCAGGUAAGAGGGAAGCAACGGGGGCUUGGCCCAAAUUUAAUUUUUUAAAAAACCUGCCCUUGUGAUGUGAAGGCAAAGUCUGUUUGGGUUCAGCCUCCUCGACUCUCUGGCCCCUCUUGUUGCGUUCCAGAGACAAGGAAGGAUUGGACCCUGAUGAAUAAAAUACACACGAGGCUUGGCCAGCAAAGCUCUGGAAGUGCGAAUAAUAAUCCGUCACACCCUGGGCCAGGCCCCUUUUAUUAACAAAAGAACUUUUAGCACAGCGCUUGUAAGAACCAAUCAGAUGUCCUCUGAGCAUUUCAAAAACCCCACGUGGGACAAAGUCAGAUCAGAGAAAUCCUUCUAACAACAAAGAAACUACCGUAUUUUUCGCUGUAUAGGAUGCAUUUUCCCCCUCCAACAAUUAAGGGGAAAUGUGUGUGCGUCCUAUGGAGCGAAUGCAGGCUCCUUGGCUUCCGCGAUAGCAACGCGAAGCCUCUGAAGCGCAGAGGGAGCGCUCCCUCCGCACUCCGGAGGCUUCGCGUUGCUUUUGCUGAAGCCUGGAGAGCGAGAGGCGUCGGUGCGCACCAACCCCUCUUGCUCUCCAGGCUUCAGGGAUAGCCACCUGAAGCCUGCGGAGUGCAGCGCGAGUUCCCACUGUGCUCCGCAGGCUUCAGGUUCCUUUCGCUGAAGCCAGGAGAACAAGACUCCCGGCUUCAGCAGAGAGGGAGAGCUGCGCAGCGCCCCUUCAGCCAAGCGGCAGGAGAAAUGGAAGGGGCUCCGUUUCUCCUGCCGCUUCGCUGAAGGGGCGCUGAGCAGAGAGGGGGAGAAUAUUUUUUUCUUGUUCUCCCCCUCUAAAACAAGGUGCGUCCUAUGGUUCGGGUGCGUCCUAUAGAGCGAAAAAUACGGUAUUUCCUACUUGAGCUUGCAUACAUAGUUCAGAGUAAAUAAAAUAGGAAUCAAGGAGGAAUGCGUUUAGCAAACCCCGGAGGUCAUAAACAGCAGUAAACAGGAAAGGAAGGACAGGUAGUAUUUACCAUCUCCUUGUGAACUCUCUUCCUGGCCCUUAAGAUCUAUCUAAAGAUUAACAAACUACAUCAAAGUUACAUACUAUAUUUGUGGCUCUGGAUGCCUGGUGAAGCAACCGGUCUGUGUUUCAGAAUGCUUAUACGUGCUUGUCAGGCAUAGAAAAUGAACAGUAGAGAAGAUGGGCAGAGAUGCAGAGGCUUGUGGGAUUUCAUCAGAAAUUAUUGUCAAUGAAUCAAGCCCAGUCAAAGCAAUGCUUUCAUCGCUGGCACAAUGGCGUUCUCCAUUUUUCAUAAUUCCUCUUAGCAAUCCCACCUGACCCCCACACCUCUCAUCAAAGGGGUCUCUUCAGCUUUCCUGGGGCCGUGAGACUGUUCUGUGUGCCCCACCCCAACCACCCCCCCGACCCAAUCUGCAUGCCCAACACACGGAAUUUAUCACCCUUUUAUCUAAACAAAGAAGUGCCGCGCUGUGAAAUUCGUUAAAAGAUCAAACUGUUGGAUAGAAAAGAGAGAAGUAUUGCCAGCCCAUAGAGAAUCUCUUGGGGAGGGGCGUCUGGGUGCCACCACAGAGAAGGCCCUGCUGCGCUGCGUCCCAGCCAGCCCCCCAACCUCCCGAUGGCAGCAGACUCCCUUUUUAUGUGUAUUGCUAAUGCUAACCAUCCCUUAAACGUUCUUUAUUACUCGUGGUUAACUGAUCUUAAUUGAUGCUUUUAAUAUUCCUUAGCAGUUUUAUUGCAAGCAAGUCUAGUGGGGUAGAAAUCUUGCUACCUGAAGAUAGAACGGGGCUUGAGAGGCUGCAGUGGGGCAGGCCUGGGGCUGGAGCCAAGUCUGGGGAGGGGGCCGGGGGUCUCUGCUUCCCCUGCUACGCAUGAUGCCUCUCCUGUCUCCCUUGCAGCCCCCACCUGCCUGGCGAGCUCUCCUUCUGCACCCACGGAGGAUCCCUCUAUGUCUGGAAUGUGGAGACAGGGUGAGCACUUGGGGGGGCUUAUAAGAGCCCCCCUCGCCUUGUAUGCAGAUGAAGAUGGAUGGGGGGGGAGAAGACAUGCUUGGCCCUGUCUCUGGAGGGGAGGGGGUGCAAAGGGAGGGUUCAAAAGCCCCUGAGGAUUACAUUUUGGAGUGAGGAAAGGAAAGGAAAGGGAAUGAGAAGUUACUUUGGAAACGCUUUCUUCUGAUUUCUGCUCCCUUGAAACAGGCAAAACAGAGAAUGCUGAAAUUCCUUGGGUGACUUUCUCUCCCAAUAAACGAAGGGCUGUUUUUAAAAAAAAUGUGGAGUUGGAAGGUUCCCCAGGGGUCAUCUAGUCCAGCCCCCUCCCCCCCCCCGCGCACAACGCAGGAAUGUCAGCUAAAGUCCUGGCAGCUGGCCUAUUUGACCCCUGUUGAAAAACCUCCAGGGAAAGAGAGUCAAGUGUUGGAGUCGUCAGCGACUCAACCUUCGUAUUUGGGGCUUCAGGUUUGAGUAUUGUAGGAACCUGGCUAUGUACUGAGAUGUCCCGGGGGAUGCAGUUGUGGACUUCUGACCUGCAGACUCAGAGGCGUUUGAAAGGGAGACCUUCCCCCAAAUGCAACGGGGCGAGGCCCGUGCCGGCAGCCACCCCGGGCCCAGUCCCAGAAGCCAGCCCCUUCUCCUGCCCCCUUCCUGGAAGAUUCAGGAUGGAUAAAAGGAAGUUACCGUAUUUUUCACGCCAUAAGACGCACCUGACCAUAAGAUGCACCUAGUUUUUAGAGGGAGAAUGCAAGAAAAAAAUAUUCUUUAAAGGGAGCACUGAGCAUAGCAUGUAUGCAUCCCAGGCUCUGCUCAGCGCUCCCUUUCACGAGCCUCACGGAGCGUGUGUGCGGUGCUUGCAGGCUUUUCCCCGAGGAGGGAGAAGGGCAGUCCGGCUGUCCUUCUCCCUCCUCGGGGAAAAGCCCCCAAGGGCCACACACACACUCCGUGCGGCUCUUUAAAGGGAGCGCGGCUCUUGGGGGCUUUUCGGGGCAUGGGGGAAGGGACUGAGGGGCUAAGCCAGAAGCUAGAACAGCAAGAGGGAGCGCUUUCCCCUUACUUUUUAGAAGGGAAAAAGUGUGUCUUAUAGAGCGAAAAAUACGGUAUUCAUGCAGCACAUCAUUAGACUGUGGAACUCUCUGCCAUAGGAGGCAGAGAUGGCCACCAACCGGGAUGGCUUUAAAAGAGGAUCCUGCUGGUGGGUUUCUCACAAACAUCUAGUUGGCCCCUCUGAGAACGGGAUGCUGGACUGGCCGGAUCCAGCAGGCUCUGAAUAUCCCCCAGAGCUGUGUUGGGCUGGCACCCUGAGGCUGGCAUGGAGUGCAGGUGAGCCAUACUCUGCCCCCGCUAGAAGAGCUGAGCCAAGCGCCAGUCCGCCAUGCCCUCUCCUUCUUGCCAGGCUCCAGCGGCUGCACCAGGACAGCGAGACCCUCUUCUUCCGGGACCCUUCCCCUUGGCGAUGGAGCGAGUUUACUGCCCACCCGCGGGUGCUCAGCUUUGCCGACCGUACCGGCCUGGUGGGGAUUGACCAGAGGGUGAGACUCCGGGGGGGGGGAGGCGGGGAGAGGAGAUUCUGCAAGGGGGCUCCGCACUUCCUGCUGCUGCUGCCCCACCCAAGGCAGGUUCGGGGGACGAGAGAAGCCUCCAGGGUGGCACCAGGGGACUCUGCUCUCCGGGGCUUAGGCUGCUCCUCUGGUUCCCCCAGGUGUCCUCUCAACAUCGCGUGGAGCUCUUCAAGGUGGGGGGCGAGGCAGACUGCCAGCGGGGGGAGCGCGUGGUCCUCGCCAAGUACCUGGGCCAGGCUGAGCCCUACCAGCACCUCGUUGCCACGCAGGUGAGUGCCAGGGCUUUCCUCAUUCUCCAGAGACGGGCACAGGGGUCCUCUUGAGACUUCCCAAGCUGGAGGGGGGGGUGUUCAUGAACUUGUGUGGAAAUCAUGCCUGAGGUGGAAAUCAUGGGGGCAACCAGGGUGGAUUUGAUUUAAAUCAGAUCGAUUCAAAUCACAAUUUAAAUCACUAGUCAGUAAGAUUUGGUUUAAAUCACUAGUCUGUAAGACUUGAUUUCAAUCAUUUUUUUUACAGAAAGUCUCCUUCUUAUUGGUAUAAUCUUAAUAUUUAAAACCAGAUGAAGGUUUCCCUUUUGGAAUAAUAAAAUUUCAGAGUAGUUUUUACAGUUAUUUCAAAAAUUACUGAUUUGGUUGUACUAUUAGAAAUACAUAGACAGAGAAUUAUGAAAUUAUUGUGAGGAUUAAUAAGUUAACUCUAUAUUUGGACAACUUUUCUGCUGUACUUUAUUGGAAGGAGAAAAAUAACAACAACAACAACAAUUGAUUAUACCUCGACCAUCUGGCUGGGUUUCCCCAGCCACUCUGGGCAGCUUCCAACCAAAUAUUAAAAUACAGUAAUGCAUCAAACAUUAAAAGCUUCCCUAAACAGGGCUGCUUUCAGAUGUCUUCCCACAGUCUGGUAGUUGGUUUUCUCUUUGACAUCUGGUGAGAGGGCAUUCCACAGGGCGGGUGCCACUACCGAGAAGGCCCUCUGCCUGGUUCCCUGUAACGGCUUCUCGCAGUGAGGGAAUUGCCAGAAGGCCCUUGGAGCUGGACCUCAGUGUCCGGGUAGAACGAUGGGGAUGGAGACGCUCCUUCAGGUCUACUGGGCCAUUUAGGGCUUUGAAGGUCACCACCAACACUUUGGAUUGUGCUCAGAAACGUACUGGGAACUUCCGGGUUGGCGCCUCCAGGCAAUGGCGGAGUUCCUCCGAUCGGGAGGAAUUUGCUCCGUGGAAAUUAGGGUCUGACCGCCACGGCGAAGGCGGAGACCCACUGAAAUCACAGGCGGGAGAAGCCUGUGAACUUGGGAUUCGGCUGGCACCCUUUGCGCCUCCCCUACUCGCGGGGAAACCCUGAUUUGGGGAUCCGGAGCGAAGUGGGGUGAGUGGCGCAGUGCUUCGAAUUGACUGCUUCUCUCACGGAGUGAAGCCGCAUCGCUGUUGCCGGAGAGCGCUGACUUUUUCCUGUGGACAGUUGGAUUUUAAACAACUACCCGUGAGUAGAACGGAAAAUUAGAUCCUUAAAUUCAUUAAUUUGGCAUCGAAACGGGAAGGUUCUAAACAGGAAGUCCGCCUUCCUUUUUUGUAAACAGAUUGAAGCAAAGAAGUUGCAAGUUAAAGCCUUGGAAAGUUUAUUUUUGUAAAGGAUUAAAUCUCCAUCGGUUAAAACUACUAAACCCCCCUUGGAAGCAGGAGAAGAGGGGGGAAAUUUUGGACCUAGUGAGCCUGCAGGAGAGAGUGAAAAACCAAAUUACCACUGCUCCAAACCUGGAAACGGGCUGCCAGAAAGAGUGACGUUUUUUGACAGCUAGCAAUAAGAGAAAUAUAUUGUUUCCAUUGUACUCAUCUGCGUUUAAAAAGUAGGAAAAGAAACUACCUUUAUAGUUUAAACUGUGUUUGAAAGGAUUGAUACAAGUGGAGACUGUUUCCCUCUAGAGAGAGCUUUUGAAACAGUUACAAGAGUGGAGCUGGGGUUUUUCCAGUUGCAAGAUAAGAACUGUGUGAAAUAGAGAUCGACCUUGGACUUUAAGAAUGUUGACAGAAGGAGCCUUAGUGACUGUAUUAUGUAAGAUAAGCUAUUCGUUGGAACAGCUGCACAAGAAGACGGACGCUAUGAAUACCAAACUUGAGAACUUGGGACAAAAAGUGACUAAUUUGGAACAAAAAGUGACUAUUAAUGCAGAAAUUGUUCAGGAUUUGACACAGGAACCUACCUUGACAGGACAAACUGGGGAGAAGACGAAGGAGAAUGUUGGUGUUGUUAAACCUAAAAUAAUACAAGUGGAAGCCCCAGUUUUACAGAGGCAAACUGAGGAUUAUAAGUGGAGGCCUUUUAUGAACGAAUAUAGAAAAAGUCAGAAUUUGAAGAUUGGAGCCCUGUUUGGAUUGAAGAAGGAAGGUUGGAUAGACUCUUUCAUGCAGAGAUUUACUGACCUUUGGGUCCUGAAUUUGGGUCAGGAGGUGAUUGGAGUUGUGGGGGCCUUUGGAUCUGGGGGAGCCUUGAAACAUGAUUUGAGAUAUUGUAUGGACACUGGUUUUAGCUGUGGAGAGUUGGUUGGUCUGUCGAGAGGGAAUGGGGGCAUGGUUGGGUCGGGGCCCCCCCAAGACCUGCGCUUCAGCACCCUCAGCAUCAAAGAAUGUGAAGAAAAACUGCAGAAGGGACUUGGAAAAGAUUUAAGAGCCUCGGACAGAAGAUCUCCAGGUUGAUGAACUAUAUGGAAUGGAUGGAAAUGACUGGCAGAAUCCGAGACCAGGGAGAAGAGAUGGUGGUAGAAGAUUGGGAAAGUUUAAAGUUUAUAUAUAGAAAUAUUGUAAAUUUAAUGAGUGUUAGAAAAUUGUUGGAAUGAAAUUUUAUGGCUUUAGCAGAAGUGUUAUAAGGAGUUAGGUAUAAAUAAGUAUUUCAGUAUUAAUGGAAAAUAAGGUAAAAAAUAUGUUAAGAUAUUCAUAAUGAUAAAAAUAGAGAAAGAUGGAAAGGAAUUGCUGAAACAAGUAAUAGAAGUGGAAUACAAAAAGGGAGGUGAGAGGAGGUCGAUGGAAUAAGGGAAUGAAAAAUAGAGUAAUGAAAUGGUAUGGUAUAUGUUUUUAAAUUGUUGUUCUUUUGCUUUGUUUAGUUUAGUGUGUUAAGGUUGUGUUUUGUAUUGUUUAUUGUAUUGUAUUGUUUUUUCUUUUCUUUCUCUUUUAUUCUUCUUCUCUGCUCUAUCUUGUUUUUUUCUUUUGCCUAUUUUCUUCUUUCUUCUUUUCUUGUAAGUUUUAAAAGCAAUAAAGAUUAUUUUUUUUAAAAAAACAGAAAUGUACUGGGAGCCAAUGUAGGUCUUUCAGGACCGGUGUUAUAUGGUCUUGGCAGCCUCUCCCAUGCCCCAGUCUAGCUGCUGCAUUCUGGAUUAGUUGUAGCUUUCGGGUCACCUUCAAAGGUAGCCCCACGUAGAGCGCAUUGCAGUAGUCCAAGCGAGAGAUAACUAGAGCAUGCACCACUCUGGCCAGACAGUCCGCGGGCAGGUUAGGGUCUCAUCCUGCGUACCAGAUGGAGCUGGGAGACAGCUGCCCUGGACACAGAAUUGACCUGCGCCUCCAUGGACAGCUGUGAGUCCAAAAUGACUCCCAGGCUGCACACCUGCUCCUUUAGGGGCACAGUUACUCCAUUCAGGACCAGGGAGUCCUCCACACCAGCCCGCCCCCUGUCCCCCAAAACAGUACUUCUGUCUUGUCAGGAUUCAGCCUCAAACCCUCGGGUCCCUCCCAGCAUUCCAGUUUGAGGAGUCUGUGUGCUGUGAAUGUUUCUCUCUCCUUCCGCAGUUCUCGGUGUACGUGCUGGACGAACGCUUCCCCCUGGUGCCCGCCCUCAGCUGGGAGCACAUGAUGCAGCGGCCGCCCAUCUACGGCCUCCUCAGCCCGGCCGUCACUCCGCUGCGCAGUCACAAGCUCCUCCUCGGCUCCCACCACGACCAAGAACUCUUGCUGCUGCAGUACACAGGUGGGGGGGCGAGGCAGGGGCUGGGGGGUGCAGGGAGUGGAUCAGAGUACCCCCCCAUUGGCAUAUGCACUUACCGGGGUCUGAGCGGGUGGCGGCUGACCAGAGACCUUGGGGUUGUGGCGGCUAGCACAACAGAGAUGCCCAAAAGCCUCUUCUGCCAGGAAGUGGGAUGUUGAAAGAAGCAGGAGGAUGUUGAUGGCUUUAAAAGAGGAGGAGACAAAAUUUGGGGCGGGGGGAGGCGGCUCCUGGUGGCUCCUGGCCAGGGGGUCCUGGCGAUGCUCCUGUGGUCAGCAAUGCUUCUAGAUCCCAGUUGAUCCAGCGGCCGGGCCGUUACCGCAUUUUUUGCUCUAUAAGACUCACUUUUUCCCUCCUAAAAAGGAAGGGGAUAUGUGUGCGUGUCUUAUGGAGCAAAUGCAGGCUGCACAGCUACUCCAGAAGCCAGAACAGCGAGAGGGAGCGCUGCGCAGUGAUCCCUCUUGCAGUUCUAGCUUCUGGCUUAGCCCCUCAGUCCCUUCCCCCGCCUCCCAGAAAAGCCCCCAAGAGCCGCGCGGAGUGUGUGUGUGGCGCUUGGGGGCUUUUCCCCAGGAGGGAGAAGGGCAGCCCGUCAGUGAUGGGAUGCGUACAGGCUCUGCUCAGCGCUCCCUUUAAAGAAUAUUUUUUUUCUUGCAUUCCCCAUCUAAAUAAAUAGGUGUGUCUUAUGGAGCGAAAAAUACGGUAUGCUCUUGCACUCCUAAGUAGGACACAAUGCGGCACCAAAACUAUAGAGCCCCCUCUGGCAAGGUCUGCUGGUGCCCCCCAACUUCAGUGAUGCAAGAUUGGGUGACCCCCCCUUUCGCCUGAUUUUGCUGCUCCAGAGCUUUUCUGGUGGGGUGAAUCCUUGGGGGUCGCGAGGGGCCGGCUGAGCUGGGAGACGCAGUUGUGGGUUGGGAGACUGAUCCACCUCUUUCCACAGGUGGCGCCGACACCCCUUGCCAGCUCUGGGGCCCCCCACGGAAGGUGCCUUCGAUCCUCGAGAGCCUGCCCCACUUCCCUGUGCAAGUGCCCAUCUGGCAGGAGGCUCUGCGCCAGCGUCUCGCCCUGCCCACUGCAGGUACUUGGGGGGGGGAGGGCUUGAGCCAGACUGGAAGCAGCUUAGACACACGCCCUCCCCCAAGUGGUGAGCAAGGGCAGGUGUGCAGACCAGUCCCUUCAAAAUCCGACUGAAAGGAGAUCCGUCAGAACGUGGCGGGCACAGGGGCCAAGAGGGGACCAUGUCCAGGAAAGUGGUGGGAGGUAUUGCUGAAGAGAGAAUUAGCAAGUAUGUGGAAGAACAAGCUUUGCUUGAAGCAGAAGCAGCAUGGCUUUUGCAAGGGGAUUUCCUGUUUCAUUAGCCGAUGAGAAUUCUUUUCAGAGCGUCCACAAGCAAGAGGAGAGAGGUGGCCCCACCAGGGUCAAAAGCUUUCAGGGCUUAGGGCAACUGAAAACCACUGCACAGCUCAGGGAAUUACUUUUAAUUAGCAAUCUACCAUUCGGCUUUGAAAUGUCGGACUAGUGUAAGUUAGCUCUCGAAAUGUAGGAGCUGUUUGUUUGUUUUUUAAAAAACAUUUUUAUUACUUUUCCAUUUUUCCCCAUUUAAACCUACUUUUGACAUCCACUUUAUAAAUUGCUCAUCUGAGCAUUGACUUCAUGGUUUCCCACUUUAUAUCUUUACAGCCUAGCAUUUAUUAGUUUUCCCUUUUCCCUUAUUCCUUCUGUUCUCUGAUUUUAAGUAAUAUGAAAAGGGUACAUAUCAUGAACAUUACAAGUCUUCUUACAAGCCUACUAGUGUUGUUAAUUGCUUACAAUGUUCUUUCAAAUAUAAUAUAAAUUUACUCCAGUCUCUUUGGAAAGCUUGAGCCGGUUGUUUUCGGAUCUUCCCGGUCAGUUUUGCCAAAUGUGCAUAGUCCAUCAUUUUUGCCUGUCUCUCUCCUAACGUUGGUGUCUCUUGCUGUCCCUCAAACAUAUACAUAGAAUACUUAAUUAAGCAUAGAUAAUGGGUGAGUAGAAAUUUGUAAGAAAAAUUAAAAGAUCAGUUAACACAGCUGUAUGGGGGGGGGCUUCAGAGGUGUGGAUCCAACAAUAUGGGCCUUCAGUUUAGGAUUGAAUUGUAGCAUAGACCAUUUUUUGUCGGAUAUCUAUCACGGCAGCACAAAAUCGAGCGACUGAAUAUGUGACUUCUGGGCGCUCCUGACCCCUUGAAAUGAGGGGCCGGACUCUCUGGCCGUGCCCUCUUUCCUCCACUAAGUGGGGCCCCCACUGACGGUUCCCUUCCACCCCCAGGCAUCGCAGCUGCCCUUGGUAAGCAGGGCCAGAGUCAGACCCUGCUGGUCUUCCAGCUCUCUGAGGCCGGCGAUCUCUUCUACCAGCCCUUGCUCCACCAGGAGGAGGACGACGAGGAGGAGGAAGAAGAUGGAGACUCCGAGGGGCCACAGUCGGCCCCAGAAGCCCCACAGGAGGAAGAGGAUGCCCCCCGAGGCCCUGACGAAGCAGCCAGACCGCGCGAAGGCUGCCCUCUGCCACCUGCCGCGCCCGCAGCACCUAUGGCCGCACCCUCCGCUUACCAGCGCUGGAUCAGGGCCUUCCGGAAGGCCUGGAAGCGUCUCCCCGAGGCAGCCCAGGGCCGGGCGCGGCUGCCGGCCGUCCUCAGCCAGAGGCGCCUCUUCACUCGCCAGGAGCUGCGGGAGCCGGUCGGGAAUCAGGCCCCCUCGAACGGGGAGGCCCGACAGCGCCUGCGCCAGGCCAUGCGGGAGAAGCUGGCCGUGUGCCCCCAGGAGCCUGCUGGCAGGGCCCCCUCGCCCCCGGGGCUGGAGCAGGAGGGCCCCCCGGGGGAGCUGGGCCAGCGCCUGGCCGCCUCCUGGGCCGGCGGCUGGGCCGACUGGUGGCAGGAGAAGCUGGGCGCCACCAAGGCGCAGAAGCAGCGGGCGCUGAGGGAGCAGCGGCGGAGGCGCAAGAGGGCGCGGGGCACCCCCAGCCUUUCGGGGAGCUUCACCUCCACCACCAGCUACCAGUCGGACGCCAGCGACUCCUCCUGGUGGGCAGCCAGCAGCCAGACCCCCAGCGAGGCCCCCACCGACUCAGAAAGCCUCUACUCUCUGGCCUCUGCCACCAUGAAAGCCCCCAGCCUGGCACCUGAGUCUCGCGUCUCCGUUCCCUGCUCCCCGACUGCUUCCCAGGGCCCCCCGCCCGACUCCCAGGGCCCCCGUGACGCUUCCCAGGGCUCCCCCUCGUCCUCGCAGCUGCUCUCGUCCCAGACCCUCUCCACCCGCGGGAUCCCCAAGGAGCGCCGCCAGACCCUCCGCAACUACCUGGCCAUCUUUGACGAGCCCGACGAGCCCCCGGCCGAGCUGCCAGCCAGCCAGGCCUCCAGCCGCGGGAGCCAGCGCCCCCUCCCCUCCUCCCAGGGCUCCCAGGGGCCCCGCAAGAGACCCCGCAUGGGCUUCUGAGCCCCUCUCCUCCCCGUCAAUGGAAUAAAGCUGGCUUUCUGCCCAGCUGGGCCUCGUGGCUGUCGGACUUGCGCUACGACCGAGCUCCUCCUCCUCCGGUCGAGUCCUUCGGAAUCUCCUCCGACAAUGAUUAACGACCUGAGCCUUUGAUGAGGCUCCAAGCACGUUCCCCCAUUAGGCAGAGCAUCCAGCACGCAGGGAAGGAGCCGAGACAAUAUGAGCUACAUUGCAAAGAGAUUUAUUCCUAACUACGCAGACAGAAAAGAAAUAUACAUGCUCUCUCUGUGAAAGCAGAGAACCAACUGAACAGCAAAGGAACAGGAAGCAGUAACAUCACAUCCGUCUUCCGUGAGACUUCCAACAGCCUGGAAUCUCUGGAAUGCAAAACAAGAGUCUUGUGACUCCAAGCAACUGCACGGUGGCAACACAAAGAAACCUAAUAGUGGCUUCCCACCUCCUCACGGGGGUCUCAUCCUGGGGUGGGGGCCUUCCGCCACACACACAGCAGAGUCCUCCUGUCUCCCCACCCCAGUGGGCUGGACCCACAACCUGCCUCAUCUGCCCUUUCCUUUUUUUAUAUACCGUAUAUACUCGAGUAUAAGCCGACCCAAAUAUAAGCCGAGGCACCUAAUUUUACCACAAAAAACUGGGAAAACUUAUUGACUCGAGUAUAAGCCGGUUCACCACACCAGAGGCUGGUGGCGGAAGUGGCGGAGGAAGGAGCAGCAGCCCGAAAGGACCCUCACUCGAGUAUAAGCCGAGGGGGGCUUUUUCAGCAUUAAAAAUGUGCUGAAAUAGUCAGCUUAUACUCGAGUAUAUACGGUAUAUAAUAUUUAUUGAGUUUCCAUUUUAUAAUAUGUAAAAAUAUCCUUAUUUAUCACAUUAUUUUUUGUUCAUAUGAGCUGGUCAACUCCCCUCCUGCCUCGUGGUUACGGCUUAAUUCAGGCUUCCUCAACCUCGGCCCACCAAAUGUUUUUGGCCUACAACUCCCAUGAUCCCUAGCUAGCAGGACCAGUGGUCAGGGAUGAUGGGAAUUGUAGUCUCAAAACAUCUGGAGGGCCGAGGUUGAGGAAGCUUGGCUUAAUUCUUCACUGUAUCAUCACAUUUGUACCUCUUCCUGUUUACAUUUCAUCCAUUUCGAUUAUCACGUUUUCAAAUAAAUAUAAAAAGGUAUGAAUCAUCAACAUUGCAAGUCUUCUUAAGUCAGUCCUGCUGAUGUUGUUAAUUCUUUGCAGUUGCCUUUUUGGAAAGCCUGGUCACGGCUGGCUUCGGAUUUUGCCAGUCAGCUUCGCCAGUUCUGCACAUUCCAUCAUCUUCACCUGCCCCUCUUCUUUCGUUGGCAAUUCCUGUGGCUUCCAUUUUUGGGCCAACCAAGUCCUUCCUGCCCAAGUUGAAUACAAAUGAUUUUAUACUGAAAUGAUUUUAUAAUGUUGUAUUAUUUUACUGUUGUUAGCCGCUCUGAGCCCGGCUUUGGCCGGGGAGGGCAGGAUAUAAAUAAAUUAUU